UGUUGUUAAGUUUUAAUAAAAUAAGUCGACUGAUUAAUUGUAAUAAACAUUACAAAAAUUCUCUUUCGUUUGAACGAAAAAAUUGACGUAAAAACAAUGUCCUGAUGGAUUUGGCUAUUUAAGCGUGUUAUUAUUGAGUAAAUUAUUAUGGAUGAGGAACAAUCGGUGUCUGAAAGUGUGGAGACUAGUUCAUUAUGUGAAGAAGAACGGGCGAGGAAACUUUUCCAAGCCUGUGACGGUGAUGGCGACGGUUACAUUGAUAGUGGAGAUUUGUUAACCAUAUGUCGGCAGUUAAAUCUAGAAGAUAGUGUCGAUGAUUUGAUGAAAGAACUGGGGGCUGAUAAAACCGGUCGUAUAUCAUUUGAUGAGUUUGUUAGGCGACGUUUGGAAUUACGAACCGAAAUCAAUGCAUUACAAAUCCAUAGCUAUGAUCCAUUGCCAGAAUAUUUACCCACUAGUAGUGAUAAUAGCCUAGGAGCAUUAUCUGGUGGUAAACAUGAGAGCUGGGAAUUUGAUAGUGGGGCUAGAGAUUUAAGCCCUGAACCAAAUUCUAUUCGUAUGCAACAUUUGUUGCAAACAGGAGGAUCAGCAAACUCCGGCAAUUUACUACACCUUGCUAACAAAUUACAUCUGGCUGCAUUAAAGUCAUUAAAAUCAGAGAUAUCUGAUUUGACAAAACAAUUGCAAUUAGCUAAUGAAAAUAAUGAAGUUCUUGAAACAUCCAUAAAUCAAAUCAAAAUUACUACUGAAAAUGAUAUUAAACAGAAAUAUGAAGAAAGAAUAACUGAAUUGCAUUCAGUUAUUGCAGAACUUGCUCGUAAAUUACAAGUUCAAAGAUCUCAAGUUAUCACUGAAGAAAUAGAAGAAAGCCAAUCUGAAAUAGAUGGACAAAGCAUUGAAACAUCAUCAUUUAUUCAAGAAUCCAUUUCUUUGUCAAAAGAAGGUGAUAAUGCUGUUUAUGAUGAUCAUGAAACCAAGAAACAUAUUUUUAAUGAUGUGCAUACUGAAUUAGCUUUAAAAGAAGAAGAACUAAAGAAAACAAAACAAAUUUUAAAAGAAGUUACCGAUGAAAAAAAUGAUUUAUUUAUGAAGUUGCAGGAUACAGAAAGCAGUUUUUCAUCAGGUCCAAUGUCUCCAUCUCGAUUAUUAUUGGAGACAUCAAAAUUAGCUGAAAAAGUUAAAUUGCAAAAGCUUAUUGAAGACAGUGCAGAAGCUAAUCUUGAAGGCACAAGUAUUUUUCAAAAGGCUAUCGCCGAACAACUAGCAUCAGCUGUUAUUUCUGAUUGUGAUUUAUUAGAGCCUGAAAAUAAAGAGACUUUAAUACACCAAGUAGAACAACUGCAAACACGAUUGGAUCAUGUACGUUCACAAAUGGCAGUUCUUGAACUUAUGUUUGAACAAUCAGCUGCCCAAACUGAUAAGUUAUACUUAUUACUGGGAAAGUAUGAAUCAAACAUGAUAGCAUUAAAAUUAGAGGUAGAAACAGGUGAAGAAAUAAUGAACUGUUAUUCAUCUUUAUUAUCCAUUUAUGAUGGUUCAGCUAGUGAAGAAGAAAAAUUGAUGAAAGAUGAAAUUAUAGAAUUAUUACAUAAAUUGCAUGAAGAAAAGAAAAAAGUUGGAUCCACAGUGGUUGUUUUAGAAUCUUAUCAUUGUGAAGAAGAGAUACUCAAACCUAGGAGUCAUAAUCAAGUAACUCGUAUUGAUUUAGAAAUGGCAGUACUUGUGCAAGAGUUAAUGGGAAUACGAGAAGAAAAAUGUGAACUACAAGAUAAAUAUUGUAUGUUGCAAAAACACAAUUCAGAGGUGGAAAAACAUUUAGUGGAGUGCGAAGAACGCUCUAGAAUUGAUAUGGAAACAAUUAAAGCAUUGGAAAGACAAUUGUCAGCUGAAGACUAUGAUAGUACUGCUGGUGUAAACGUAAAGCUACAAAAACAACUAAAAGAUGUUACUACUGCUUAUCAGUUAGCAACAAGAAAUUCUGAAACCAGGCAUAAACAAAAUAUAGCUUUGAUUGAAAAACUUCGUACAGAAAAUACCACACUUGAACGUAAUUUGGAAAGGGCUAAACGCAAAUCCCAAUCGCGUUUAAAAAAAUUAGAAUCUGAAAUUGAAAUUAUGGUUAGCACACAUACUCUGCAGGUAAAAAUGUUAAAAGAAAGAAUAGCCAUACUAGAAUCAACUAUUAUGAAUAACGAAAGCUGUAAGAAAAAUGUUGAGAGAAAUGAAACUACUUUAUAAAUUACUCUGAUUGACUAAGCAAAUGGCUCAUAUUAUUUGUGCGAUAUUUUACGCAAAACUUUUGCUUGAAAUGAAUGAGUAUUGCUUGGCUUUAUUUUUGUUCCUUUAAAUUUUUACAAAGUACAAUUUUAUUAAUAUUGUUACACUAGAAAAUAAUAUUAAAAUACUCAAAUAAUCCU